AAAUUAAUUUCAUAACCUAAAAAUUUGUACUGUUGGAAGAGUGAAAUCGCUGAAGCAUUUAUCUAAAGAAACAUUAACCGAUAGGAGUUUUAUAAUCACAAUGAAUUCCUCUGAAAUAUUCAAAAAGCUGUGUGAGGGUUUGAAAUUCCCAAAAGAAACUAAUCCUAUAUAUCAUGACAAAAAAACCAAGGCUACAUCAGUUGAUGUACAAGAUGUGAAGAAAGAAAUUAAAGAUGAAAUUGAAUCAAUUGAACUGGAAGAUUCCACUGGUGAUAUCACGCUGUUGAAUUCCUUCAACACCAAAGUCGAAAAAAGAGGUAAAAAACGGAAGCUUCUGAGUGAGGAUGACAUAAAGAGAAAAAAACAAAUAUUGGAGACUGAACAAUUGAACCAUUAUAGAAAUGUGAAUAAAAUCAAAGUUAAGGGAAAAAGCAUUCCAGCACCUGCGCAAACAUUCAAUGAAUUUGAAAUUGAUGCAGACCUUCAAGACAACUUGAGGAAAGCUGGUUUUACUGCGCCUACUCUAAUUCAACAACAGUCAGUGCCUGUUAUGAUGAAAGAUAAAAACUUGUUAGCGCUUGCACCUACAGGAUCAGGAAAAACAAUUGCGUACUUAUUGCCUAUCGUUCAGAAACUUAAGUCUCAUAAGAAGGUAGGAUUUAGAGCACUCAUUCUUUGUCCAACAAGGGAACUAGUGAAGCAAAUCAAAAAUGAGUGCGUCAAGUUAUCAGAAGGCAGAAAAUUUAGGAUUUACACAAUUGCAAAUAAGAAAAAAGCCAAAGCUCAGUUCAGUUCUGAAUGCAAAGAAAAAUAUGAUUUCCUAAUCACAACUCCUGGACGGUUAUGUCUUCUCUUGAACCAGGAAAAUUCAACACUCGAUUUGAAAACUGUUCAACAAGUUGUGAUAGAUGAAGCUGACAAACUUUUUGAAGCUGGCAAUUGUGGAUUCAGGAAACAGCUCAGGCAAAUUUUGGAAGCUUGUAGUAAUGAAAAUCGAAAAAUCGCCAUGUUUGGGGCGACAUCUAGGUCAGCAGUCUCGAAGUGGUGCUACAAAAAUGUAAAGAAUCUGGUCCAAGUUAACAUUGGGAGAAGAAAUAUUGCAUCUCUUGAUGUAGACCAGAAAUUACGUUUCGUUGGUGAUGAUAAGGACAAAUUAUUUGUCCUCCGAGAUAUAUUUCGUAAUGGCAUAGAGCCACCUGUGCUAAUAUUUGUACGUAGUAAGGACAAAGCUAGGAUGUUAUUCAAGGAGCUUCUCUAUGAUGGAGUUCUUGUAGAUGCUAUUCACGCUGAUAGAACAGAGGAAGAGUUUGAGUAA